GUUACGCUAAGAACAACAGCAGUGAAAUGUACAAGUGUGAAUUUUAACAAUGAAAGCGAGAGCAAUCACGAAUGCGUGUGCUAAUAAUAAACUUGCAAAUGAAAAAUGAACAAACAAGAGAAAGAAAGAAGGAAGGACAAAGUGAUAACACAUAACAUCAGUACAUUUCACCUAGAACAUUAACGGCCAAGCUUGGCCGCACCAAACACGACACGUUACUUGAACAACUUCAACCCAAUUAUACCCCUCGAAAAUAAUGAACACCUCCGUCUUCCUCCCCCAUUGUACCUGUAGGUUGUUGCUCUGAGUUUUCAAUGUCAGUCUGUGACUUAUCCAGUCUCUUCUCUCCCUGACCUCGGUGCUGCUGUCCAGGUGCUGGUGAGCAACAUGGCGGAGGCGAAUCAAACGGUAGACGUGGCCUCUGAGUCGAAGAAGGCGAAAAAGAAGGCCGAGAAGAAAGCAGAGAAGGCCAAAGCCAAGGCUGAAGCAAAGGGCAAAGCAGAAGGUGCUGGUGCUGCCGCAGACGCACAACCCGAGGAGGACGUUUCCAAAGACUGCUAUGGUGACUUGCCCGUGAUCAACUCCUCAUGCAGGCCAGGUCGCACAUUUGUGCGCGUCGAAGACCUGGUCGAGAGUCUGGCAGACAAGCCCGUGCUGGUGCGUGCACGCUUGCACACGAGUCGACUGACAGGCAAGAACUGCUUUGUCGUACUGCGACAGCAGUGCUGUACCGUGCAGUGUAUUGUGACGAAGGGCGAAACGAUAAGCAAACAAAUGCUCAAGUACAUUGCUGGUGUGCCAAAGGAGUCCAUUGUGGACGUGGAAGGCACCGUGCGCACCGUGGCCAAGCCCAUCACCAGCUGCACGCAGCAGAGCACCGAGCUGCACGUGCACCGGUUCUUCACGGUCAGCAAGGCGGAGGCACGCCUGCCGCUGCAGAUCGACGACGCGGCGCGCGCCGAGGCGGAGGAUGACGACGAGUCCAGCGGCGCAGGGCCCAAGGUCAACCAGGACACUCGCCUGGACAACCGAAUCAUCGACCUGCGCACCACCACUAACCAGGCAGUCUUCCGCAUGCAGGCUGGUGUGGUGCAUCUCUUCCGCGACUAUUUGACGUCGCAGAAGUUUGUGGAGAUCCAGCCGCCGCAUAUCAUCAGCGCUGCCAGUGAAGGAGGCGCCAAUGUGUUCAAAGUCGGCUACUUUGACCGUAAAGCUUACUUGGCGCAGUCUCCUCAGCUGUACAAGCAGAUGGCUGUGUGCGCCGACUUUGAGCGUGUGUUCUGCGUUGGUCCCGUCUUCCGUGCCGAGGACUCCAACACGCAUCGCCACUUGACCGAGUUUGUCGGCCUCGAUCUGGAGAUGGCGUUCCAGGAGCAUUAUCACGAGGCGGUUGAUGUCAUCGGGGAGCUGUUCGUCAGCCUGUUCAAGGGUCUCCGUGACAGCUUCUCCAGUGAAAUCAGUACGAUAAACAAGCAGUUUCCGUGCGAACCAUUUCAGUUUCUAGAGCCAAGCUUACGUCUCGAAUGGCCAGAAGCGAUGGCCUUGCUGCGCGAGAAUGGUAUUGACAUUGGCGACGAGGACGAUCUCAGCACUCCCAAUGAAAAGCUGCUUGGUCGGCUGGUGAAGGAGAAGUAUGGCACAGAUUUUUUCAUCUUGGACAAGUUCCCGUUGGCAGUGCGUCCGUUCUACACCAUGCCCGACCCCAACAACCCGAAAUCCAGCAAUUCCUAUGAUAUGUUCAUGCGUGGCGAGGAAAUUCUGUCGGGAGCUCAGCGUAUCCACGACGCGGCAUUCCUGGUCGAGCGAGCACAGCACCAUGGUGUGGAUAUCGAGAAGGUCAAGGCGUACAUCGACGCGUUCCGCUACGGUGCUCCACCUCAUGCCGGCGGUGGAAUUGGUCUGGAGAGAGUGCUUAUGCUCUACCUCGGCCUGAAGAAUAUCCGCAAAACGUCACUGUUUCCACGCGACCCAUCUCGCCUCACGCCCUAAGCAAUGCUGGCUAUACGAGCAGUAUUUCGUUCAGCUCAACAAUGGCACCACCGCCUUGUUUGCCACCCGGCUGUUUCCGUGUUCCCCCUGAAUCAGGCCCCUCUAUCAUUCUCUACAGUUUUCCAAUCAAUCACAGAUUACUAAGUCUCGAGCUGAUCUGCUUGACAUAUAAAUCAUUUUAUUCCCGUAGCUAUGCAGAAGACGUUACUUCAGUAACGUCUGGCGCUAGCCAGGGUCCACACAGCUUUAAUUUGGUGUUUGUUUGUGUGUUUGUUUGUUUGUGUCACGCCUGGAGCUAUCCCGUAUCUGUCCCGUAUCUGUCCCGUAUCUGUGACUACAAAGGCUCUACAGGAUUGUACAUAACAGCUGUCCACAAUAUUUGCGGGCUCCUGUAUCUGUCCCGUACCGUACCAAUAUUCGUCGUAUUAUGUAUACGACUCCCUGAUGUAGAGGGAGAUUUGGAAAGAAAUAGGGAGACGAGGAGGAAAUUAAAUUAGAAUAGACGCCGAAUAGGUGAUAGGAUGCGUCAGCAUAAACAUACUUUGGAAGAGAGAUCCCGUCGUCUCCAAAAUAAGCAUGAACGAGCGAUUCAGC